GUGUCCUCGCGGCUGUUGGACGGUUGGUGAAGUAAAGGUGACCUGCUGCUACCGCUGACACUGACUGUGAGUCAUUCAUCCCAACUGCUCCAGCUAUCCGCCGGGACAUCGCCAUCCCUCCUCUGCCGCCUGCUCUAUCAGCCGCCUGUCAGAAAUCAUGCCUGAGCCUAUAAAAGUCCUGGUGACUGGAGCUGCUGGUCAAAUUGCCUAUUCCCUACUGUAUGGAGUUGCUAAUGGUGAUGUCUUUGGCAAAAAACAGUCUAUCGUACUUGUUCUCCUCGAUAUUACCCCCAUGAUGGGCGUACUGGAUGGAGUUGUGAUGGAGCCAGACUGUGCCCUGCCUCUUCUGAAAGAUGUGACUGCUACAGACAAGGAGGAGGUCGCGUUUAAAGAUAUAGAUUGUGCCAUUCUGGUGGGCUCCAUGCCAAGGAGAGAGGGCAUGGAAAGAAAAGACUUGUUGAAGGCGAAUGUGAAAAUCUUUAAGUCUCAGGGUGCUGCACUUGAUAAAUACGCCAAGAAAUCGGUCAAGGUGAUUGUUGUGGGAAAUCCUGCAAAUACCAACUGUCUAACUGCAAUAAAGUCUGCUCCAUCCAUCCCUAAACAGAACUUCAGCUGCCUGACCUUUUUAGAUUACAACAGAGCCAAAGCUCAGAUUGCUCUUCGUCUGAACACUACAGCUGAUGCGGUGAAGAAUGUGAUUAUUUGGGGGAAUCACUCCUCCACUCAGUACCCUGAUGCUAGCCAUGCCACUGUACAUCUGCAAGGGAAGGACCUGAGUGUACAGGAGGCGGUGAAGGAUGACAGCUGGCUGAAAGGAAACUUUAUCUCUACUGUGCAGCAGCGCGGUGCAGCGGUUAUAGCAGCAAGAAAAUUAUCCAGUGCUAUGUCUGCUGCCAAAGCUAUUGGGGACCAUGUGAGGUAUAUCUGGUUCGGAACCCCAGAGGGAGAAUAUGUUUCCAUGGGCGUUAUUUCUGAUGGAAACUGUUACGGGAUACCUAAUGAUCUGCUGUAUUCAUUCCCUGUUACAAUCAAGGACAAGGAGUGGAAAAUAGUUGAAGGCCUCAAAAUUGACGACUUCUCUCGUGGGAAGAUGGAUUUAACAGCCAAAGAACUUCAAGAAGAAAAAGAUACUGCCUUUGAAUUCCUCUUAAUUGCCUGACUAGAAAAUGAUCUACAAAUGCACUUACCUUCUGAGAAAAUGAAAAGUUGUCUUUAAGUUUUAGUACAGAGUGCUUAUGUCGAAAAUGGUUCUCAGUACCAAAGUUACGUGACUGUCACAUCUAAGUUAGUUUUGUAUCUGUGUGACUAGUUUGGCAUUCCUAGUUAUAGUGAAUAAAUAAAUAAAAACUGUUGGGUUUAAACUCUUA